UUAAAUGUUUUGGUUUGGGUUCACAUGUGUUCCGAUGAGAAAUCAGAUGAUAAGAGUUUUGGGAUCAGCUGAGUAAGUUUAAAUCAUUGUGUAUAACCACACGUAGGUAUUCAUUCCUUUCCUGUCGACGUUAAAUUUUAAACAUGAAUUGGAGUUGCAUUCUAUGUGGUAAAACUUUUACUGGUGAAGUUUGUUAUCAGCAGCAUAUACAAAGUGAAAAACAUAAGAAAAAAGUAAAGUUAGAAGAACUAAAAGGUGCUGACUGUAAGCCUGAUGCUUUGAACUUGCUCUCAGUUGGCGAGUUAUUUACAUGUAACACCUGUCACAUUUCAUUUAAAACACUGUCCAACUACCAAAAACAUGUUGAGAGCUUGGAACAUGGCAAGAAUUUGAUGAAAAAAGAUGCUGAUGAAAAUUCAUCUGAAAGAUGUUCAAGUCCUUCCGAAGGGAGUGAUGAAAUUGAUUCUAGUUUGAUUGAAAUGCAAGAGGAUGAUGCUAAGCCAAUAAAUUUGCAGGAAUGUGUUAAUCAAAAGUUAUAUUACAGAAGUUGUGAGAUUUGCAAGAUGAUUUUUAGUGGUCCUGAGCCAUAUCAGCAACACUUAGCAAGUAUUGGGCAUAGAAAGAAAUUGGCUCAAAAUCCAAGCAAGAAUUUGAUAGAAAGAGAUGCUGAGAAAGAAAAAAAUGCAAUUGCUUCCACAGGAAGAGAUGGAAAUGGUUCUAGUUUCAUGGAAAUGCAAGAUGAUGAUGACAGACUAAUAAACUUGCAAGAAUGUGUUAAUCGAAAAAUAUAUUAUAAAAGCUGUGACCUUUGCAACAAGAUGUUUUCAGGUCCUGAGCCAUAUCAUCAGCAUUUAGCAAGUAAUGGUCAUAAGAAGAAAUUGGCUCAAAAUUCAAGCAAAGUUGGACUCUCAAAUCCUGGAUCCAAUACCUCUGAAAAUCCUGGUAUUACUGUUUUUGCUCCUCUAGGGAUUAAUGAACUCUAUUGCAAAGUAUGUGAUAAAACAUUUUCUGGACCAGUUCCUUAUGACCAGCAUAUGAAAAGUGAAGUGCACAAGAAACAAGUAGAAAGAAAGCAUUUUUUUGGCAGUAGUUGUACAAGUAACAGUUUGAAUGAAAAUGUCAGCAAGGAAAAUGCUGUAGAUUCUACAACAGAUAAAGAGGAAAAUGCUUCAAAUAUUCAACAAAAUAAUGGGACUCGAGCGGAAUGUAGUGACUCCAAAAAUGACAGUAAAAUGGAAAAUAAUCUGCGGGAUUCAUCAGAAAAUCUUUCUGACUUGAUUCUCCCCAGUAUAGAAAAUUUGGAUGUAAUUACGGCAGAUCGGCUCAAUGUUAAAUUUUUUGAUGUGAAUUCGGAGAUAAAUUUUGACAAGUGCAUGAAAGGCACCACACUAUGUGAAUCUAAUUCAAAUGAAAAAGAAAUGGCGAUGGAAACUGAAGUUAUUCAAAAAUGCUCUCUUUGCAACAUAUUUUUAAAAAAUAUUGAUGAUUUAAAGAAGCAUUAUGAAAGUAAAGAACAUUUUUUGAAAAAAUGGAGCAAGUAGAGCUACUUCUAAAUACUUGCAAUCCUGAAAAACUGCUAAAAGAAAAUUGUUCAUGGCAGAAACAUGUCACAUAAAUUUCAAAAACAUUUUAAAAAUCAAAUUAUAAAACCUUAAUAUCACAAUUACAGUCAAUCAAGGUAACUUUGAUCCACAAAUUCUUUAUUUGUGGCUGAUCCACUCAUGUUUUAAUAGUGUUAAAGCAUCUAUUUUAAAACUGAGUAAAAAACACCUGAAGUAGUGUAUAUAGUUAGCCAAAAUUAAGAAACAAUAAUUAUAAAAACCACUUAAAAUGCAAUAAUAACCUGGUUUUAAGCUAACUUUCCACUCAGGUCAACUUUGAAUCAUGCGAGAACUGUAAUACAGAUUAUUAUAAUAAAAGCAGUUUAACUGUGAAGCAGGAUGUAACAGCAGAAGAGUAAAAUUUCUAAAUGCUUGAAAACUUCUUAUUUUUAUUUCAUAGAAUCACAAAAGUUCUGUGAUUUUUUUUUUUUUUUCAUAUUGCAUAGAAUAUUACAGCAUAAAACCAGAGAUUUCAACAAUUUUAAAUCAGCAUUCAAAAAUAACUUCCAAACUAACUUUAGAAUCAUUUCAAGUUCAAGUGCAAUCAGAACAUUUGCUCACGCAAUUAUUAGACUGUGUACUAUGUGCCUUGUCCCAGCUUCACUACAACAAGUUUUCGAAAGUUUUAUUGGCAACACUAGAAAAAUUUACUGCACAAAGAGCAAAAAUCACACCCAGGGUACCGAACCCAUGACCUCCUGUACAGCAUACAGACAAGCACGACCACUCGGCUUUGGAGGCCUCUUCAGAGUUAUUUGAGUAUACAGUUAGCUGUGUGCAUAGCCUUGCCAACUUAUUUUGUAAAAGUGAUAUAAUAAUCUAGUCAGCAUUGGGCCUUCUUCAAUUAUUUUUGAAGUUAAUUUUUGAAGACUAAAAUACAUGGAAACAUUUAUUGUAAAGAUAAGGCAGAAAAAAAAAUAUAUGUAUAUCUAGUCAAGAUUUUAUGCCUUUUAUGUUUAAAUUUAAUUUUACAUUGAAUUCAAUGUAUAUAAUUAUAUAAAGUAUAUUUCAAAAUACAGUAGAACUUCAGUUAUUUGAAUCCUGUUGAUCCAAAUCGCUGAUUAUCUGAAUGACUUUUAGAGUUUUGGAGGGGGUAAAAGAUAGAAUUGCAUUCUAAUUUGGUAAAUGAUUCUGUCAACCCCUCUGCAAAGUUGGUGUGGACGCAGUGCAAACAUUCUUGGGAUGAUGUGUCACUGUCUCGUAAGGCGUCAUUAUAGACUUUUAAUGUGCUGCAUUUAAAAAUAUGCUUAACAUGUAGCUUUUCAUUUAAUUGAAAUCUAUGUUUCUUUAAAAAUGGUUUUUACUCUAUUUUAAAAAAAAAAUAUUGAUUACUGAUUUUCAACAUGCAUGCAGUAAAAAAAAAAACUUUUUUUUUUUCAUUAAAAUGAUGGGUGUUUGUGAUUUCAAAUUUCCGAAACUAAAGAAUUUUUUUUUUUUAAUUUAAAUUUUUUUCCCCCAAUGAUUUAAUUAUUUUUGUAUGUAUAUUUUAAGAGUUUUUACAGGAAGGGGGGGGGGGGCUUCCUCAUAGCUCCCGAAAAUGUCACACAGACUUCAUAAAAUUUUACUAGAGUCUACUAUCACCCCUGGUUAAAAUCCAAUUAUUCGAAUUUUUGCUUAUCUGAAUGAAGUCCAGUACCAACUGAUUUGGAUAAUUGAAGUUCUACUGUAUACUUGGUCCAAAGAAAUUGUUACAGUUGAAUAAAAUUUUAAAUGUGACAUUGAAAGAUGCUAUUAUUACUGUC